AUGAACGCAACAAAAAAGAUACAUGAAAAUGAUAUAGGAGAGUGUCAGUUGACGAUUAAGCUGUUGGAAAUGUUGCAAAGAACGAAAUACGAAUUGGUACAAGAAAAUGGGCAACGCCGUUUGACUGCUCCGGAAAUUAUUCGUGGUGAGAAACAACGCGUGAAGGGUGCUGAAGUUUUUCUCGGUCGUCUUCCGCGGGAUUGUUACGAGGACGAAUUGAUGCCGAUGCUGGAAAUGAUUGGUCGUUUGGUUGAAUUGCGAUUGAUGCUCGACUUUUCUGGAUCGACUCGAGGAUAUGCAUUUGCCUUGUUCGAAAAUUCAAAAGUAGCAAGGAACGCAUGCGCAAAACUUGACGGUUAUGAAAUCAGACCCGGACAUCGUAUUGGCGUCGUAAAAUCGGUAGAUAAUUGUCGAUUGUUCUUCGGCGGUGUACCCAAGAACAAAAGCAAGGAAGAGUUUAUGCAAGAGUUAAACAAGAUACUCGAAGGCAUUAUUGAUAUCUACCUAUAUCCAAGUGCAUAUGAUAAAACGUUGAAUAGAGGUUUCAUAUUCGUUGAAUUCAAAGAUCACAGAGCAGCCGCGAUGGCAAGACGAAAGUUAAUACCUGGAAGAGUCAUGUUGUGGGAUCACGAAAUCGCGGUUGACUGGGCUGAUCCUGAACCUGGUGAUCCUAUCGACGAAGAAGUUAUGGAGAACGUUACCGCUUUAUUCGUACGAAAUCUGUCAUUGGACAUGCCGCAACAGAAAAUUCGGGACGUCUUUCAAAAACAUACGAAAAUACCUAUUUUAAAAUUAAAGAAAAUUAAUCAUUUCGCGUUUAUACAUUAUGAAAGUCGCCAGACAGCACAGAUUGUAAUGGACAUUAUGACAAGGCGCAAUAGUGUCGCUGAUAUUGAAGGUUGGGAAAUACGUUGGGCAAAACCAAUCGGAGCCACAAAAGUCUUAGAAAGACAACGAUGUAUCAAUGAAGCUGUAGCAAAGUCGAAUCCAUAUAAACUUGAGCAAAGUCACAUUAAAUACACACCAACGAAAAAGUUCAACGCUAAAAACGUGGACAUGAACGCCAACAAUAUAUCCGAUAUAGCAACAAUACAUAUGACUGGAUUGCAGAAUUUCAUUAAAGAAAAGUUUAAUGCUACUUGCUCCUUCAACUGUUUGCGCGCAGCAAAUGAGUCUACAUUUAUGUGUAAAAUAUCGAUUGUUAAACAAGGCCAUGUCCUCUUUGAGUAUCACGGAGAAUCAAUGUCAACGAAGCAAAAUGCUAUUAUUGGUGCAUGCUCAAAGAUGUAUCAAUUCAUAGCUAUUACGUUCCAGAAUUUCGAAGUUAGUAAAAUGAAGCUGGUAGUAAAUGUAGCUAUGAUUUACGGAUAUUUCUUUGUAUGUUUUCAAACAGUAGAACGGGAAAACGAGCACUAUUCCAUGGAACAAAAGCUAAGCAUUAAUCCCGUGGUUGGGUCACCAGUCAGCUGGAAUAGAGGAAUAGAUUAUAAUUAA